AUGGAUACUGUUCGCGAGACUUCGGCUUUGCAAUUUUGUACCGGUGAAUAUCGCCGCGAUGGUGUUCCGGUUGGCUACAAAAAUGCCCAGUUCCACCGAGUUAUAAAGGAUUUCAUGAUCCAAGGAGGCGAUUUCGUUAAUGGUGAUGGCACUGGUAUGACAAGUAUAUAUGGAUCAAAAUUCAGGGACGAGAAUUUCGAUUUGGAGCAUUCUGGGCCGGGAGUCUUAUCAAUGGCAAUUUCAUUUCUUAGUUUUUUUUUAUCUUGA